UCUUAAAUCAUUGUCGGCGCAGGGCUCUGUAAUUAGCAUUGCUGAUUUGCUGACUCUUUGGCGGUAUUGUGGAUGUUUAAAGAAAAAAUAUUUUUAAUGGAGGAUUUUCAAAAAAUUGAAAAAAUCGGUGAAGGCACCUAUGGCGUUGUAUACAAAGGACGCAACAGGCUGACUGGACAAAUUGUUGCAAUGAAAAAAAUUCGUCUAGAGUCCGAUGAUGAGGGUAUACCAUCAACAGCAAUAAGGGAGAUAUCGCUGUUAAAAGAACUGAAACAUCCCAACAUUGUUUGUCUUGAAGAUGUCUUAAUGGAAGAAAAUCGCUUGUAUUUAAUAUUUGAAUUCUUAUCUAUGGAUCUUAAAAAAUAUAUGGACUCUUUACCACCUGAAAAAACAUUAGAUUCUGAGCUUGUAAGAAGUUAUCUUUAUCAAAUUACAAGCGCUAUUUUAUUUUGUCAUCGAAGAAGGGUUUUACAUCGUGACCUUAAGCCGCAAAAUUUACUGAUUGACAAAAAUGGUAUUAUAAAAGUGGCAGAUUUUGGACUUGGUCGUUCAUUUGGUAUUCCCGUGCGUAUAUAUACACAUGAAAUUGUAACGCUUUGGUACAGGGCUCCAGAAGUAUUGCUGGGAUCACCUCGUUACUCGUGUCCUGUAGAUGUAUGGUCUAUUGGAUGUAUUUUUGCUGAAAUGGCUACAAGAAAGCCAUUAUUCCAAGGAGAUUCGGAAAUCGAUCAGUUAUUCCGUAUGUUCAGGAUACUUAAAACGCCAACAGAAGAAAUUUGGCCAGGCGUUACAUCACUUCCAGAUUACAAAAAUACGUUUCCAUGUUGGUCAACAAACCAAUUACCCAAUCAAUUGAAAAAUCUUAAUAGCGAAGGACUUGAUUUAGUUCAAAAAAUGCUUAUCUACGAUCCAGUUCAUCGCAUAUCAGCAAAAGACGUAUUGGAACAUCCAUACUUCGACGGGUUUGAUAAUAAGCUCAUAACACUACGUUAUAAAGCGGAUCCCUAAUUUUUUAUUUUGAUCAUUGAAAUACAUAUUGCAUAAAAUAAAAUUUAGAUUUUUAUAAGUAACCCAUAGAUACAUGCAAAUAACAACAAGACCACAAUUUGUAAUUUAAAGGAUUUUAUUUAAUACAUAAACGCAACAAAAUUGGCCAAUAAAUAUUUAGGCCAGUAUAACAUAAUUUUAGCUUGUAAAACACAAUUUAAAAUAAAUUCACAUAUAAUAAUUA